CCCAGACGGAUGAGUACAUCUAGCAAUAUAAUAAAGAGGGUGACGCAUUUCAAGCUGCUGCUGCAACUUAGCGGGUCGGUCUUCCCCACGGAGGGACUCAUCGAAAUGUGCAACCUGUACCCACGUCAAGACUCGGGUUUUAAUCGGUAGCCGACGUGUAAGGUAGUUCUUCAGCUUUGAUCAUCAAGGACCAGGAAACAAACGUGCAAAGAUGCUGCCAGCUUGGGCUCGUUCAGGGAGCAGGGAGAGCAAGUAGGCAGGACACUACAGACAGUGAGGAGACUGCAACGCUAGCAAAGGGCGCGUACCAGGCGCCCCAUGCAGGCCAUGAACCCGUCACUAUCCUUCUCGUUGGAUGAGCGGACAGUGGCAGCGCUGCUGCAAGAGGACGAGUCAACCUUCAGCAUGCUGGGCUCGCUGCUGCCCUCGGCCGCCUCCGCCGCGCUUGCCGCCGCCGAGGCACAGCUGGGAGACCCCAGCGCGCUGCAGGCCGCCAACGCAGCCGCCAUGCACCACCUGCUGCAGCUGCACGCCGGCCAGGCGGGUGCGGCGCAGAACGCGGACUCGCGUCGGGAGUGGGCCAACGCAGUGUUAGAGGCGCUGCGCUCGCAGAGCAAGCUGCCGGGGCAGGCCUCGCUGCCGCCGCCGUCCCCGCAGCAGCCCAGCGCCGCGGAGGGCGCAUCAGCCGGCACCGGUGGCGGCGGCGGCGCGUCGGCCGGCGCCGGCCCAAGCGGUAGCAGCAGCGGCGGCCGCCCUCCGACGGGCCUGUCGAACAGCUUCGCUCACCUGUUCCCGCCGCAGCCGCCGCCAAACGGCGCCAAGGGCGGCCAGUCGAGCAUCUACCAGUCGCCCUUUGCCGCCCACCCCCGCUCCAACCCCGCGCAGGCCGGUGGCUCCAGGGACGGCGGCGGCGUCAGUGGCAUGCCCCCCCUGCCCUCCCCCUCCAGCAAGGGCGGAGACAGCCAUUCGGCACAGGUGCCAGCCUCGCCGGUGCCGAGGAGCCUGGGAGGGAAUGCGGCGCGCGCCAGAUCGACCAACGACUCAACCAUGAGUGGCCGGGACGACGCUGAGGCUCCGGCGUGCUUCUCUGGGGAGAGCAACGACAGCCACGCCGAGCACCAGGGGCGGCCGGUGGCGCAGGAUGCGGCGGAGCUUGACACAGAGGAGCUGCGGCUGCGGCGCAUCCAGGAGAAGAACCGACGCAACCAGCGCAAGUUCCGCGCCCGCCAACGGGCGAAGUUGGAGGAUUCGGAGGCGCAGGUGCGAGAGCUGAGCCGGCAGGUGAUGGCCCUGGAGCGCGCCAAGCUGGAGCUGGAGGUGCGCAACCGCCAGCUGGAAGCCUCCGCCCUCCGCGCCAAAGAAGCCGCACCCUCGCCCUCCCCGCAGGGGCAAGGGGAGGAGACCAAGGACGAUGCGCCGUACUUUGAGAGCCUGUCAAUGUUUGUGAGCAAAGUGCGCGGGGAGACCUUCACCUGGGAGCAGGCCCGCGACAUGACCUUCAAGGACAUUGCCAAGAACGUCGAGAUGUACCACAGCAUGCUGUCCAGGCUGUUUGAGCAGGGGGCCGAGGACCCCGACAGCCCAGCGCACGCCGAGUUGGUGGAGCUGCUCGCCCUCAAGAACGCGAGCGAGUUUCAGACGUGGAAGAGCCGGCCGCAGCUGAUCCACAUGCAGUACGCGAUGCUGAACGAGGCGAGCGGGGCAUCGGACGCGCCGCGGCUGGCCAAGUGGCAGUCGAUCGUGAUGGCGCUGCAGCUGAGCGAGGAGCAGAAGGAGCGGCUGCUGGCCGCACGCACCUACCUGCUCGCUCAGAUGAUGGAGAUCAUUCAGGAGCGCACCCUCAUCAUCUCCAUGCUCCAGGGGGCGGUGCCGUCGAUGGAGGAGGGGCGGCAGCAGAACGCUGGCUACCUCAACGCGAGUGCGGCGGCCGAGCGGCUGCAGCGCAACGUCAACCGCGAACACUUCCUCUGCACCGACUUCCUCCUCGCCUUUUGGCAGGUGGCGACGCCGCUGCAGCAGGCCAAGUGUGAGCUGCUGGCCUUCCCCUGGACGCCGGACGUGCUGGCCAUGUGCAACCUGCUGGCAGCCUCCGCCAGUGAGAUGGCGGAUGUCAAGCGCAGCUACGAGGCGCAGGCAAAGGGGGCCGCCCAUGCGGGGGCCUCCCACCAGACCUCCCCCUUCAACUGCCUCCUCAUGCCCGAGCUCGCCAGCCUGCAAGACGGAACUGUGCAGAUGGCAGAUGGGUCUGCUCCAGGGCUGGCAGAGGUGCUGGAUAUGAAGGCCUUUGGCAGCAACACAUGAUGAUAUUGCAUGAGGAAGAACGAAGCCUGGAAACGUUCUGCAGCUGUAGAUUUAAGGCAGGGAAAGCUGCUGCUCUUUUGGCAAGGGGCCUCUCAGGGAGCUUUUACCCUCGAGAGGAAUAUCCAUUUGACACACAUAAAUUGCCAGCGGGCCUCACGCUCUGCUGUUUUAUUUAUUUUCUUUUCACAAAAAAAGGUGACGCUGGCAACGGGAUGCAAGGAUCCUAAAUAUGAGGUGAGCGUUUGGGGUUUGCCCAAAGACAGGUGCACACUUCAAGGCGCUAUGCUUUUGGCACACGUGAAAUGUAUUGCUCUUAUGUUCUGGCAUAGAGAGGCGCAUGUACAAAGCAAAUGCAUGUAUGGGAGGUUUCUGCCAUCCGCAUUGUGCCUUUGCUGUUGUCCACCUCUGGGAGACGGCCUCAAAACUAAUUGAGCGGGACGCAUGUAGCUUUGAACACUUCACCAGAUGCAAUAGGUGCACAUGAGGAGGGGUGCAUUGACUCUGAGGAUCCUAAUGGUGCCUGCACUUCGCCAAGUCUCUUAGAAUAGCAGGCCUUCAAGCAGUGCAGUGCACAGGGCUUGCUGCAUAUGUGACAGGACUUCCUCUAGUUGAGAGGAAAGUGUCAUGCUUUGGCAGCUCUUCUUCCGUGCCUGGACUAGAUGCAAGUCUAUAGAUUUGAUGAACCCAAUUGAUUGCGGCAAUUGUGUGAACACAGGGAGUUACACAGGUGUAAUCAUAAAGGCGGGUUAAUGCUUGCUACCCACAGCUGUUGCAUAUCCUGCGUAUCUGGUUCAGCAGCAUCAUGGGAUUCUGAAGUUUGUGGUGAUGAUCUGGGGCGAAUGUGGGAAACUUUUGGAAACGUGGCACAAU